AUGACCAGGGUCGCUAUGCGUACGGAAACCCAUCGACCGCGCGUCAUCCCUUACCAAUCCCGCCGCCUUCUCCUGCCCCACCUCGACCGCCUUCUGCGCACCCACCCGGGCCGCAAUAUCAGCCAACCAACCGCCACCACCGCGCCCCAGUCCCUCACCAGGACCACGAGCCCCCACACACCGCCCCACGGUGUCUGUUUCAUCUCUCCCGACUGUCAGGCCGAGCCUCGGCACACCAACGUCGCCGCAUUCGUCGCCGCCGAAGUCUACAACCUCGCGCGGAGCCCUAGUCCUUCAAAGAUCGACCGCAACGAAGUUCAGCAACCGUCGCUCUCCGAGAUCGCACCGAUGGGCCAGAAGUUCGUCCCGCACUGGAGACGCGCCUUGCCCACCCCGGGGCACCCGGCUGGCUCUCCUCCGGUACCUCUACAGCCGCAGCAGGUCGAGCGGCGGAGCACAGUCUCCGGACCUGUGCCACCGCCCAUCGCUCAGAGACAGGGCAAUGCAAUCCGUCCACUACCCCAGUCGCCGGCCAUGCCGGGUGCCGGUCACGGACGGAGCUCGUCCUCCUCUGUGCAUCCGUUGCCUCCAUUACCGUCUGCGGCACCUCAAACGCCGGCGCAGUCAAAUUCUCCGCCUCGUAGGUUGCCUCAGCCGAAUAUCCCCCGAGCUGCACGGCCGGGGAGCUCCUCCACCAUCAACUCGGGCACGGACAGCACGGACAGCGAGGACCUUGCGUCGCACGUACUGCUGUCGCGUCCGCAAACGCGGCCCCCUGUGAAUGGACAGAGGAAUGGCCGGCAGAGUCCACAGUAUGGUAUUCUUGACAUGCCGUCGCGGAUGCAAUCGAGCGCGAACGGAUCGGCAGAGGCUCAGAGCGUUACUCUACGACUGGCAUCCAUGUCUGUUCAAGACGACCAGCACGGGCAGACGCGAGACGAUACCGUGUUGCCAAACCCGGGCGAGCAGUCGUCGCGACCGCCCUCGCGGACACACGGCUACUCGCAAUCGGUGCCGAACGCGAGCAGCGUCGUACUUCCCCAUCCUAUGCCGCCCAUGACGCGCACCUACGCCCAGUCGGGUGCUACGCGAUGGCCGGCAGGACUACCGCCACUGCCCAAAGCGCCUGCAUCCAAUGACGGGGGUGGCGACGAUCCGUCACGCAGGCCCGGGAUUUUUGGCCGCUCCACGCCGACGGCGGGCCACCGUCCGCCCAUCUUGGACCUGAGCUUGGAUGACGCGCCUCCGCCGUCGUUGAGGCGCUCACCGUCCCCUGCACGAUCGGCCGCCCAAAGCGCUCCUAGACACGAACCCCCGUCGCCGUUCGAUCCCUACCGCAACGCUCCCGCGAGCCGCUCGACUGGCGGCAGGCCGCAGCCGGCGUCCAUCCGCACCCAGGCGCUCAAUGGUACGUCCGGUGGCCCCGUCUUCUCGACGCGCCAUGAGCUGCCGUCGCCUUCGCGGUCUCGCGCGGAGUCGCCGGUGUCUGCGACGACACCGUCCUCCGCCGUGUCUGCCGCGUCGGCGUUCACUCUGUCUGCGUUCCCCCGGCCCCCAUCGUCCACACCGCCGUCGUCUCGGUCGUCAUCGUCGCCGCGGGACCCGCAGUCCGCUGGCUCUGCGGUUUCGCCUCUGUCGGCCGUGUCGCCUGCAUCGGCCAACUCGACCUCCUCUGCGUUCACGCUGUCCUCGUUCCCUCAGCCGCCUUCGCAAGUGCCCAGCGACCACACCUUUGGGAGACGCAUUGUGGGACCCUCGGACCAGGACCGCCGCGAUGGAGGCGGGUUCCGUCAGGCUAUUCCCAAAAUCUCUUUCCCCGCUAGCGGAGACGAUGAUGACAGCGAGGAAAGCGAUAGCGAUUUCGGCCCCGUCAUUUCUGUGUCGGGACCAGGUGAUCACGAGCCCUCUAUCCCAAGCAUCUCCAUCGGCCCAGUGGAUGACACGCCCGACGGCCUCCCGCAAUUCUCGUUGACUGACGAGACGACAAAGCAUCCCGAGGAGCAUGUCACUCCGUUGCUCCGCGCUAUCCGCAAAGGCCCAGGGUUGACUUGCGGUGGAUGCGGCGGCGCGAUCGUCGGGCGUACGGUCAGUGCGAUGGGUGCGCGGUGGCAUCCGGGAUGCUUCCGCUGUUGUGUCUGCAACGAGCUGCUCGAGCAUCUCAGCAGCUAUGAGCAUGAGGGCCGAGCGUAUUGCGGGCUUGAUUACCACGAGCGUUUUGCGCCCAGGUGCUAUCACUGCAAGACCGUCAUAGUCGACGAACGCUUCAUCACGCUCGACGACCCUGAACUCGGCAAACGGACGUACCACGACAUGCACUUCUUUUGCGCCGAGUGCGGUGACCCGUUCCUCGCGCCGUCUGCGUCUUCCCGCGCGCCUGCAGGUGGUCAGACGUUCUCGGGAGAUGGUAUCUUCAGCGGGGGAGAAGACGAUGUCGGCUUCACGGUGUACCGGGGGCAUCCUUACUGUGAGGCCUGCCAUGUGCGACUACGCCUGCCGAAGUGCAAACGCUGCAAGAAGGCCAUCCGCGACGGCAAGAGAGCGGUGGAGGCGCUAGGUGGCAAGUGGUGUUGGGAGUGCUUCGUGUGCGCGAGUUGCGAGAGGCCGUUCGACAACCCAGCGUUUUUUCAGAGAGACGGCAAGCCGUUUUGCGAACAUUGUUUCAGUAUAAUGAUCAAGAAUGAGAUGUAA